GGCGGCAUGCACAGCCACAAGCCUGCGCUGCUCUUCUCCUCUCUAUUAAAGGCCAAAGAGUCGAGACAGCGGAAACAUGGAGACCGAGGAGGAGCAGCACAUGACCACGCUGCUGUGCAUGGGCUUUCCGGACCCGGUCGCCAUUCGUAAAGCGCUGAGGCUGGCCAAGAACGACAUUAACGAGGCCGUGGCGUUCCUGACCAACGAAAGCCCCGGACUCGGCUUCGGAUAUGAGCCGAUGGAGAGCGGACCCAGCCCGGGUUCAGGGUCUGGAGGAGACGGUGAGAACAGCGGUAGGACCGGCAGCGGCUUCGACCCUCCGCCUGCUUACCACGACGUCGUGGAGAGUGAGAGAGCAAAUGAUGAGAAUGGCAACUGUUCGGGCGCCAGCAUGGAAUUUCCCACCACUAACCUGUAUGAGUUGGAGAGCAGAGUGUUCACUGACCAUUGGUCAAUCCCAUACAAAAGAGAGGAGUCACUGGGCAAGUGCCUCAUCGCCUCCACCAGCCUGGCCAGACUCGGUCUGGCUGAUGCAGAUGAAAACUGUAAGAGAUUUAUUGACAGGUGCAUGCCCGAGGCCUUCAAAAAGUUGUUGACAUCGAGUGCAGUGCACAAGUGGGGAACAGAGAUUCAUGAGGGCAUCUAUAACAUGCUGAUGCUGUUGGUUGAGCUGGUGGCAGAGAGGGUCAAGCAGGACCCCAUUCCUAUUGGCCUUAUGGGAGUACUUACUAUGGCCUUUAAUCCUGAUAACGAGUAUCACUUUAAGAACCGUAUGAAGGCGAAUCAGAGGAAUUGGUCCGAGGUGUUUGGUGAGGACAGCAUGUUUGCGGUCUCCCCCAGCUCUACUUAUCAGAAGGAGCCUCAUGGAUGGCUAGUGGAUCUUGUAAAUCGGUUUGGUGAGAUGGGGGGCUUUAAUGCCAUUCAGAGCAAGCUGAAUCAAGAGGAAAUGGAGAUCGGGUGUGUGUCUGCUCUGGUACAGCCGCUUGGUGUGUGUGCAGAAUACCUCAACUCCAGCCUGGUUCAGCCCAUGCUGGACCCGGUCAUCCACAAGAUGAUCACAUAUGUGCAGAAUCUGGAAGAAAAAGACUUGAAAGACAAGAGGUUGGUUAGUAUUCCAGACCUGCUAUCUGCCAUUAAACUGCUGUGCAUGAGGUUCCAGCGAGAGCUGGUUAACGUAGUGGACGAUCUCAGGUUGGACAUCCUUCUGCGGAUGUUAAAGACUCCUCACUUCAGUGCCAAGAUGAACUCGCUCAAAGAGGUCACCAAAUUGAUAGAGGAGAGCACAGUGUCUAAGACAAUAAAGAAUGCAAUAGACACCGACCGGCUUCUUGACUGGCUGGUGGAAAACUCUGUUCUCUCGAUAGCACUGGAAGGAAACAUUGACCAGGCACAGUACUGUGAUAGAAUUAAGGGAAUCAUUGAGCUGCUGGGCAGUAAGCUUUCUUUAGAUGAGCUCUCUAAAAUCUGGAAAAUACAAUCUGGCCAGUCCUCCACUGUCAUAGAGAACAUCCACGCAAUCAUCGCUGCUGCCGCCGUCAAAUUUAAUUUCGAUCAGCUAAGCCACCUCUUUGUUCUCAUACAGAAAAGCUGGGAGGUUGAGAGUGAUCGAGUCAGACAGAAGCUGCUAAGCCUGAUUGGGCGGAUCGGCAGAGAGGCCCGUUCCGAAGCAACAACUGGAAAGGUGUUGGAGGUAUUGUGGGAGCUGGCUCACCUUCCCACUCUUCCAACUACACUGGUCCAACAAGCUCUGGAGGAACAUCUGGCCAUUCUGAGUGAUGCUUAUGCUGUUAAAGAAACUGUCAAAAAGAGCUACAUCAUCAAGUGUAUUGAGGAUAUCAAGAAGAUACAAAUACAGGAGGACUCAAAGUGUACCAGCGAGAUACAGGGCUCUUUUUUUACUGGCUCCUGGGGCAAGAAGAAACCAAGCUGGGCUAAAUCAUCCCAGCAAAGUAACCCUCAGUCAGUAUGGGUUGUUCCAGCUUUACGGCAGCUCCAUGAGAUUACACGCUCCUUUAUCAAACAGACCUACCAAAAACAAGACAAGAGUAUAAUCCAGGACCUGAAGAAGAACUUUGAAAUAGUGAAGCUUAUUACAGGCUCUCUGGUGGCAUGUCAUCGUCUGGCAGUGUCAGCUGCAGGUCCUGGUGGUCUCUCUGGUUCCACUCUGGUGGAUGGACGAUACUCUUAUCAAGAGUAUUUGGAAGGGCACUUGAAAUUUUUGGCAUUCUUUCUACAAGAAGCCAGUCUGUACUUGGUGUGGAAUCGAGCUAAAGAGAUCUGGGAGUGCCUGGUGUCUGGCAUGGACGUCUGUGAGCUAGACCGGGAGAUGUGUUUUGAAUGGUUCACUAAAGGACAACAUGAUCUUGAGAGUGACGUUCAGCAGCAGCUCUUCAAAGAGAAGAUCCUCAAACUCGAGCCUUAUGAGAUUACAAUGAACGGGUUCAAUCUUUUUAAGACCUUCUUUGAGAAUGUGAAUCUCUGUGAUCAUCGUCUUAAACGGCAGGGAACGCAGCUGUGUGUGGAGCGUUUGGACCUUAUUGGCAUGGACUUUAUUUGGAGAAUUGCUAUGGAGUCUCCUGACGAGGACAUCGCCAACGAGGCCAUUCAGCUCAUCAUAACCUACAGUUACAUCAACCUCAACCCUAAAAUAAAAAAGGAUUCGGUGUCCUUGCAUAAGAAGUUUAUAGCUGAUUGCUAUAAGAGGUUGGAGGCUGCCAGCUCUGCCCUGGGUGGCCCCACUUUGACCCACGCUGUUACACGUGCAACGAAGAUGCUGACGGCCACAGCCAUGCCAACAGUCGCCACGUCCGUGCAAUCACCUUCCAGGUCUACUAAGCUGGUGAUCAUUGAGAGGUUGCUGUUGUUAGCUGAGAGAUAUGUCAUUACCAUUGAGGACCUGUACUCUGUUCCUCGUACUAUUCUACCUCAUGGAGCUUCCUUCAACGGCCACCCAGUGACGCUGCACAUAACCUACGAAUCUACCAAAGACACUUUCACUUUGGAGGCUCACAGUAAUGAAACAGUUGGAAGCAUCAGGUGGAAGAUCGCAGAGCAACUUGGCUGUCCAGUGGACAAUGUGCAAAUCUUUGCCAACGACAGCAUGCUGACAAUGAACAGGGAUCAGAAGUUGUUAAAUCAGCUGGGUUUCUCAGAUGAGCAGAGUCUGACAGUGAAGAGUUCAGGAACAGGCACUCCCUCCGGCAGCUCAGCGGAUAGCUCAGCCUCUGCCAGCUCCAGCAGCAGCGGGGUCUUCAACUCAGCAUAUGCAUUGGAACAGGAGAAGUCUCUGCCUGGUGUGGUAAUGGCAUUGGUGUGUAACGUGUUCGAGAUGCUUUAUCAACUAGCCAACCUCGAGGAGCCUAGGAUUACUUUGCGUGUAAGAAAGCUGUUACUGCUCAUACCAACUGAUCCGGAGGUACAGGAUGCCCUGGAUAACUUUGUACCCAAAGAAUCCAGUGUGUGGAGCCACCAGAAAACACUGUUCACACUGGGUUCUGGCUCUCAGGCCUCCAAAUCUCCAUCACUGUCUACCAAACAGCAACAUCAGCAGAGUGCAGCUUCCAUCCUGGAGUCCCUGUUUCGCUCUUCUGCCCCGGGCAUGUCCACCUUUAGAGUGCUCUACAAUCUGGAGGUGUUAAGCUCCAAAUUAAUGCCGACGUCUGAUGAUGAGAUGGCAAAGACCAGUGUCAAGUCCUUCUGUGAGAAUUUCCUCAAGGCUGGGGGUCUUAGUUUGGUGGUUAAUGUCAUGCAGAGGGACUCCAUUCCAUCGGAGGUGGACUAUGAGACCAGACAAGGAGUCUACUCUAUCUGCCUGCAGCUUGCCAGGUUUUUACUGGUAGGACAAACAAUGCCAAGCAUUCUGGAGGAAGAGUUAAGUAAGGACGGCAUCGACACACUGUCCUCAAGACCCUUCCGGAACGCAGGCAGGCAGAGUGGGCGGCAGCUCUCCCUCUGUGGAACACCAGAGAAAUCUUCCUACAGGCAGAUGUCCAUGUCUGACAGGUCCUCAAUUAGAGUGGAGGAGAUCAUCCCGGCAGCACGUGUUGCCAUUCAGACAAUGGAGGUGGGGGACUUUACUUCCACGGUGGCCUGCUUCAUGCGCCUUACCUGGGCUGCUGCCGCUGGCCGAUUAGACCUCGUUGGCAGCAGCCAGCCCAUCAGAGAAAGCACCAAUUCCCUACUGCCCCUGGGAGUCCGCAGCAGGGUUAGCAGCACAGGCAGUAACUGCAGCUCCAGCAGUGAAGGAGAGGCCACCACAUUGCAGGCUGGAAUCUGUGUCAAACAGCAGUGCGUGUCCAUUAAGGACACAAUAAUCGCCAGAGAAGCGCUGUCACUAUUAGUCACCUGCCUGCAACUUCGAUGCCAGCAGCUUUCUUCUUUUUAUAACCUGCCCUGUGUAAAUGAUUUUAUUAUUGAUAUCCUGCUGGGCUCACACAGUGGAGAGAUCCGACGGGUGGCGUGCGAUCAGCUGUACACGCUGAGUCAGACUGAUACAUCCGGGUUUCCAGAGCUGCAGAAGCCUAAUCUGUUCUUGCUGAAAGUGGUGCUGACUGCCCAGCUUCCUCUCUGGUCUCCUACCAGUGUCAUGAGGGGAAUCAAUCAGAGGUUGCUUUCACAGUGCACUGAGUAUUUUGACCUGCGAUGCCAGCUUCUGGAUGAUCUCACUAGCACAGAGAUGGAGCAGCUGCAGAUCAGUCCGGCAGCCAUGUUGGAGGAUGAGAUCAGCUGGCUGGAUAACUUUGAGCCUACGUGGACCAGCGAGCUGGAGACCAGUGAGGCCGACAACAUCCUGCAGGCUGGCCAUCUGCGCCUCAUUAAGACUCUGCUGUCGCUCUGCGGCAACGAGAAGGAGCAGUUUGGCCCCUCACUCAUUCAGCAACUAUUGGAUGAUUUCCUGUUUCGAGCAUCACGCAUCAUCCUGAACAGCAACAACCCUUCCAGUAGCACAGCUCCUCUUCAUGAUUUUCACCCAAAGUGCAGUACAGUCAGUAGUCGGUUGGCAGCAUAUGAGGUGUUGGUGAUGUUAGCUGACAGCUCUCUCACAAACCUGCAGCUCAUCACUCGAGAGCUGCUGUCUAUGCACCACCAGUCUGAUCCCUCUCUCUCCAAAGAGUUUGAUUACCUCCCUCCUGUGGAUGGGCGAUCUGUAUCAGGGUUUGUGGGGCUGAAGAACGGAGGGGCCACGUGCUACAUGAAUGCAGUGUUUCAGCAACUCUACAUGCAGCCUGGCUUAUCUGAGUCCAUUCUGUCAAUAGAAGAUGAUGCAGAGAAUCCAGAAGAAAGUGUUUUCUGUCAGGUGCAAUCCCUGUUCGGCCAUCUAAUGGAAAGCAAGCUGCAGUACUAUGUACCUGAGAACUUCUGGAAGAUCUUUAAGAUGUGGAACAAAGAGCUGUAUGUGCGAGAGCAGCAGGAUGCCUAUGAGUUUUUUACCAGCCUGGUGGAUCAGCUGGACGAGCAUCUAAAAAAAAUUGGACGUGAGCAGAUCUUCAAAAAUACAUUCCAGGGGAUUUUCUCAGACCAGAAAAUAUGCAAAGACUGUCCUCAUAGGUAUGAGCGUGAGGAGACCUUCAUGGCAUUGAAUCUGGGAGUGACGUCAUGUCAGAGUCUGGAGAUUUCUCUGGACCAGUUUGUCAGAGGAGAGGUGCUAGAGGGCAGCAAUGCUUACUACUGUGAGAAAUGCAAAGAGAAGAGGACAACAGUAAAGCGCACGUGUAUAAAGUCAUUGCCCAGUGUGCUGUGUAUCCAUCUCAUGCGUUUUGGCUUUGACUGGGAGAGUGGACGCUCUAUUAAAUAUGAUGAACAGAUAAGGUUCCCGUGGGUACUGAACAUGGAGCCGUACACAGUGUCUGGCAUGGCUCGACAGGACUCUAGUUCAGAUCAUGGAGAAAACAGCAGGGGUGGGGAGGCAGGGCCUGGAGGCUCCCCACGAAAGAAAGUCACAAUCUCUGAGAACUAUGAACUGGUGGGAGUCGUGGUUCACAGUGGCCAGGCACAUGCAGGACAUUACUACUCCUUCAUCAAAGAUCGCAGGGGGAGUUCCCGAAACAGAUGGUAUAAGUUUAACGAUAAUGUUGUUGAAGACUUUGACAUGAAUGAUGAAACCCUGGAGUAUGAGUGUUUCGGUGGAGAAUACAGACCCAAAGUCUAUGAUCAGUCUAACCCGUAUCCAGAUGUGCGGAGACGGUACUGGAACGCUUAUAUGCUGUUCUACCAGCGCAUCAGUGACCAGAACUCACCGGUUUUACCCAAAAAGAGCCGUGUCAGUGUCAUGAGACAGGAAGCAGAAGACCUGUCUCUGUCAGCCCCUUCCUCUCCUGACAUCUCCCCACAGUCGUCCCCACGACCCCCGAGAGCCAAUAACGAUCGGCUCACCCUGCUCACUCGCCUGGUCAAGAAAGGAGAGAAAAAGGGCCUGUUUGUGGAGAAGAUGCCAGCAAGAAUAUUCCAGAUGGUGAGGGAUGAGAACCUAAGGUUCAUGAAGAACAGAGAUGUCUAUAAUAGUGAUUAUUUUAACUUUACACUUUCCUUGGCCUCUGUCAACUCGACAAAGCUGAAGCAUCCUUACUAUCAAGCCAUGGCAAAGACUAGCCUGCAGCUGGCUGUACAGUUCCUUUUCCACACCUACCUGCAUACCAAGAAGAAACUCCGGGUGGACACAGAGGAGUGGAUAGCUACAGUAGAGAUGCUGCUCUCAAAAAGCAGUGAGGCGUGCCAGUGGAUGGUGCAGUACUUGGUGGCCACAGAAGGACGGGAGAUCAUCAAAAACUGCCUGCUGGAAUGCAAUGUGCGGGAGGUCCGGGGGGUGGUGGCCUCCAUCCUCGAGAAGACUCUAGAGAGUGCGCUGUGUUUCCAGGACACAGGGCUGGACUGCCUCGUGGACAUGCUGCUCUCGUUGCUAGACAAGGACGUCCCAGAGAACUGCAAAAAUUGCUCACAGUACUUUACCCUGUUCAGCAACUUUGCCCAGAGGGGAUUUGGGCCUUGUCAGUUAUUGCUGAAACAUGCUGCUUAUCAGCGAAUGCUCAUGUUCCUGUUUGGUCCUAACAGGCAGAACAAUCAGAACCGCAGGUGGAGUUCGGCUCAAGCACGAGAGUUCCUGCACUUGCAUAACACGCUGGCUCUGAUAGUGCUCCACACAGACCUCACGUCUCAGAGGACAGAAACCCCUGGCGCAUUCAGACACAAGUCAUCUGGUCUGGUGUCUUCCUCUUCACCACUCCUUCCAUUGCACCCAGACAUCAACACACUGCUCUUCAAACCUGAUGGACAGCUCUACCUUAUGGAGGUAAUGUUUGCUAUGCGCGAACUGUCCGGGCCACUCUCCUUCCUAAUUGAGAUGGUGACGUACUGCUGCUUCUGUAAUGAAAAUUUCUCUCUGGAAGUGCUGCAUCUGCUUAAGAAUCAGUUGGAUACUGCCCCUCCUCAUGAGCUCAAGAACGUUUUCCAAAUGCUUCUAGAAAUACUGAUGGUAGAGGAUCCUCUGCAGUUUCAGAGAUUCAAAUUUGCUUUUGAAUCAGAGAAAGGCCUUCUUGCUUUGAUGCAUCAGAGCAACAAUGUGGACAGCAGCCGCUGCUACCAGUGUGUCAAGUUCCUGGUCACUUUAGCUCAAAAGUGCGUUCCUGCUAAAGACUAUUUCAAGGAGCUGUCAGGACACUGGAGCUGGGCAGUUCAGUGGCUGCAAAAAAAGAUGUCUGAGCAUUACUGGACUCCUCAAAGCAACGUGUCAAAUGAAACAUCUACAGCUAAGACGUUCCAGAGGACCAUCUCUGCACAGGACACGCUGGCCUACGCCACUGCUCUGCUAAAUGAGAAGGAACAGUCUGGUAGCAGCAAUGGCUCUGAUGGCAGCCCAGCUAAUGAGAACUCUGACCGCAGCCUCAGACAGGGCUCAGAGUCACCGAUGAUGCUGGGUGAUUCCAAGAGUGAUUUAGAAGAUGUUGACCCCUAAAUCAUAACAUCAGCAAAAGGGGCAAUUUUUUUACACAAGCAAAAAAACCCAAUAUUCCCUCCAAUGGAGAGAUAUGUAGCUCCAAGCAGCCAAUGGAAAGACUGCAUUUUACCUCCCAUGGGCAGGAAAUGGAUUGCCAAGAAACAGUAGCGCAACUGUCAACGAGAACACUCUCAAACGGUUGCUCUGACAGGCAUGAAGUCGUGAUAAGAGCUUCUUUGAGAUGUCAGAGCAAAGCCCAGGGUUGAUACACCAGAGCUCAUGUCUCGCUGGAUACCAAGGCUUUAACUGAGUCCCAUCAUGCAACCGAAGCUCGGUAGAAGAUGGAGGAGGUUUUUGUUUUGUGUCAGUUUUUACACACAUUCAAGAUUCAUGGUGCUGAGAAAGGCCGUUAUAUAUGCACAAGCAGAAAAAAGUGGAAGGGAAAAUGCUGUUUGUGGAUAUUCGCCAAUAUUCUAAGAGUUACUAUCAUAACAGUUUAAAAGUGUGUUCCAUAGGUGUAAUUUCAAAUGUAAAAUAAUAGGAUUCUAUGCGGUUUUUUUGUUGUUUUUUUUUGUUUUUUUCUCUUUCGGUUUGGGAGGUGCCUCAUUAUCAGUUCGAGGAUCUUUCAUCUCACUCUUGCUGGUAUUUUUUUAAAAUGCACUUUAUAUAACUUCAGUUUAUCAGGUUGGGACAAGGUGAUGCCCAGAAUUAGAGGUAAUUAGGUGGUUAUAUCCCUUGCUGCUUCGCUUUUUUUGGUUUGUUUCUGCACUGCCAGAAAGAGGGUGUAAAAUCUGAUUGUAGUCUUUGAUCAGCUUUACCACAGCCAUGGUAGCUAGUAAUGUUUCCAUGGCAAUGUUUCUCCAUUAAUAUGAGGUCAUUUAAACAGAUGAAGAGCAGGUCACCUAUCUGAAUUAGAGUUCUCAAAUUCAUAGUCAGCACUGAAAAAUCAUCAUAGACAGACGUUCUUUAUGUAAAAAAAAAUGAAGACAUUGUGAAGCUGAACUAUAAAUCUAUCUGGUUUUAAUUUCUCUCAAGAACAAAGUGCCAGAAGCCAGUUGGUUUCUUCAUGCUGUUUUGUUUUGCUGGUGGAUGUAUUUUUUUCGUUUUGUCUCAGGCCUGCUGCAGAUUGUGCCACUGUAUUUAAAAUGAAUCUUAUUCUCAUAUAGACGUCAAAACAAAAUACCACACAUACCCACUCCUUGGGCCAGUUGCACCAUUAAGAUGAAUACCUUGUUGUAUCAUGAACUGGUUGUUAGUUCCAAAAUUUGACUGUUGCACCAACUUGCUAAGUAGACAGAAAAACAGCAAAUUCAAGCACUUUGUGCACAUGCAUGUCCAGUCAAACCCGUUGGUUGCAGUACAGCACUGUUAGGUUAAUAAUCAAAGUAAACUAGGUUAAUAAAAUGACCUGGUAAUUAUCACUUCAAUAAUAUUUUUAGUAUUUCCAUGUAGCUAGCAGACCAACACAACUUCUUAGAGGCACAGGUACUCCCCAUGCCACAAAGGCUUUAUAUCCAAUCACGCUCAUCCGUCAGAAGUAACAGUGAAAGUCUGGCUUUUAAGAGAUGAGUCGCAAAAUCAUGGAAGGAUUUUAUAUUUGAAAUCUGUUGCUCAAACCCAAAAUGCCACUGCGUUCUUUUCAUGUUUAUUUGCUCAAGGGCCCAACAGCAGUGGUGGGAAUUGAACCAGCGACCUUUAGAUUACUAGUCCAGUACCUUAACCACUAAGCUACAGCUGCCAUACUGCCAUAUGAAUGUUCUCCAGAUCUGUACAUUACAGAACAUAAUUUAGUUGAAAUAAACAUGCACAUAACCAGUCAUAGUUGUGGCUCGGUGUUACUUGUUUGGCGCAUUUAGCAUAACGUUCACUCUAACAUCAGGUUUUAGGGUAUGAGAUUUCAAGCUGUGAAGACCAACUUUAGAUCUACUGGUGCAGCUGGCCCAAGGAUUUCUGUUGAUACUGUUAGCAAAGGUCUACAUGUCCUGCAGCUUUUGUGUCUGUCUGUAACCUCACCCACAUUUUAUCCAGCACAUGUGCAAACACAUUUAUUCUAUUAAAAAAAAAAAAAAAAAAGCCUUGUGCUAAACGUACACUGCCUAAAGAGAGACUACGGUAAGCUGAUGGAGCUAGUCAUAUCACAUGGCCAACCUCAUAUGCAAUGCUUUGAGCUUUAACGUUGAUGCUUGUUCAGGGAUUUAUUUUGCCAAGAGCUGUUUUUAUGAUUUAUUUGCCUGUAAUUGUUUGUCUAGCAAUGUCUGCCUUAUUCCACACACACACACACACACACACACACACACACACACACACACACACACACAGUUAAAAGAAUAGAAGUCUAGAAAAACUAUAGCUAAUAAAUUACAGUUUAGUACACAGCCUGCAAGUGCCUUUACCCCAGUUUUUCUGCAUAAAAUACUCUACAUGGCCAAAGGAUGUGGGCGUUUAAUACUUCAUGGUCAAAACUAUGUGUAAACGAUUAUUUAGAGGAUUUUUUACGUUCUACUUUGGUUUUGCAAAAUCAUCCAGGCAUCGACAUUGACCAUUGAGACUUUCUUACAGACUGCAUUCCAGUUGAUUCGGAUGAAAUCAGUCUUUGUUCAGGCCAAUCAAGUUUUUUUUUUUUUUUUACAUCACAUCUUUAGUAAGCCUGUGUAUCCUAGAGCAUUAAGAGUUCCAUUCCAUGGAACCAACAAGUUCUAGCCCAAGCCAUUAACAAUACCACCAGUUUACCAAUCCUAGCUACGUGGUAGUCAGCAGAAGUUUUGUCUUUAUAUAGGCCAAACCCAGAUUUGGCCAGAUAAUAAAGCACUAUUCCUCACUGCAAAAUCAUAUUUCUACUGCUUCAAAGUUUGAUGCUGGUGUGUUAUACACCUCUUUAGUCAAUGUUUGGAAUUGUGCAUGCUAAUCUUAAACUGUGUGGUGGAUUAGCCUUAAAAACCCAAUCCACACCAAUGCUACUGGUCAAUGACAAUAGGAAUAUUUUAUGCAACAUGUUUUUUUGGGGGGGAUUCAACAGUUCCACAUCAUCGUGGCUGUUGUUGCUUUUAGACACUUUCAUUUAACAUGAACAGCUGUUGGACAUCAUGGUGGCGAAGAAGGUUGUAUGGGUGCGGCAAAGUACCAGGGUCUUGGGAACUGGAUUCACUGGUUUUCUCCAGAUACCCUGGUUUCCUCAUAACUCCUAAAACACACGGAAGGUAAAUUAGCUGCUCUAAAUUACUUGUAUGAGUCAUGUGUGGUGCCCUGUAGUGUAUUGUCACCAAAGAGAAAAAGUGGAGCUCCAGAUAUAAAUCCUGAUCAAGAGUAACCAGUUAGUAUAGGUUCACUCAAUAAAUUGUUAAAUCAUUGGGACUCAUACUAGUACCAAUUCUAGCCUCCAAAUGACUUUGACUUUUACACAUUAAUUGGGAAAAGUAAAAAAGCCUAAUUCAACUAGUGUCUACACAUUUUUGGCCAUGUAGUAUAUUUCCGCCCCCCUACCAAACAUCAUACACAGAGAUUGCACCAAUGUGCUUGUAAUCUAGUGCCCAUAAGGUGAAGAAAGGGUGUUGUAGUGCCAAGGUCAGUGGUUCUUUUUUGCACCUAGCUUUACUCAUGUUGACUGGAUUCUUGCUGCAAGGACUAUUGGAAACACUUUCUUUGCUCUAUGUCUUUCUCUCUGUCUUUACCAGAGGUGAAAUAAGGGUCAAUGAGUGUCUGCUGCUUUGUUUUUAUUUAGUCUGGAGCACUUAGCUACAUUCACAAUGUUUACAGAAGGCAAUCACAACACUGGGUUAAAAAAGGCAUUUGCUUUCAUGAAUUAAGAAAAGAGAAAAUAGACACUGCAUGAGUCAUGUUUUGAUUAGCAUUUAUGCUUUAAUUUGAGUAAUAACAGUGGAGAGAAGUCUUUAAAACCCUGUACUGCUUACCUCUCAUGUUCAUCCGUAUAUACCCUAGUGUUUUACAGUUACUGUGCUUCUUUGCUUAUGCAUGUAUGUCUUUGAAUGUAAGAGGGAAAGUUUGCCAUUGAUCUUUUGGCAAAGGUGGCCUGAUUUUGUUUUUAAAUAUGUCUACAUAUAACGAUCAAACUAUAGUCAUCUACUGUAGCUUAAUGUCACAUCUUGGAUUCGAUGAAUGAACUGUUUUUAGGAUAAUCAAAAGUGAAGUUCACCAUGCUGUACUGAUGAUAGCCCAGGGUUUUAACCAUUGGGGUUUAGUGCCAGCGCUCAAUUCUUACCUGUUUUUAGCAAUGACACAAGGGACAACUCUGAAUGAAAUGCUUUCUCUUACAAUCUUCAGAGUUCUCCGGGAUUUGACAUGCACUUCAACGCCGAAGAACUGUUUUUCACAGCUUGACAGCUAGCCAGAACACAAUUCUCAAUACAAGCUUAACUAAAGUAGGCACUCCGGAAAACUUUGAAUUCAACAUCUGUACAUUUCCCACCCCUUUUGUAACUUAGUGUUCCACGCUUGAGUGUUUUUAAAUGAUAGGCGAUCGACUGGGCCUGGAUCACUUCAGUGGUUUUAUUACUUGCAACUUGUGUGGACGGUCAGAAUUCAAGAAAUGCAUGUUAAGCCAUUUUAAUUUGUAAAUCAGAGUUUGAUUAUGGGACUAUUUGAUAUAAAAAUGAAUAAAACUGGAAUGCGCAACAUUUCA